AUGAAGGCGAUUGCCUACUUAAUAUUCCUACUGAAGAACCUCUCUACAGCUGUCUUAGCAUCAUCGUGCCCUUCUACACAGUACACUGGAAGGUUUAGGUCCGAAGACUACGAAAAUGACAAAGCGAUAGUUGGCCAUUCUUACAAGAACCUAACCAUUACUUAUGCUCAGGAGUGCUUCGGCUACUGUGUAUCUGAUUGUAGAUGUUUGUCUUACCAGAUUUCUGGUACUCGGUGCGAGUUGCUGGACGAGGAUAAAAAUGCUCUACAAAGGGCUGGGUACAAGUACUAUGUACUGAAACAGCACUUUAAGUACAAUAACAUAAAUUGUUCAGGGGGGUGCCGUAACGGCUGCUGUCAUUCGAAUCCCUGUAUGAACGGUGGAACAUGCGUGGAGACUUGUGAAGACGUCAGACGAAAGUUCAAGUGCAUUUGUCCACUUGGUACUCAAGGUAGAUACUGCGAGUUCAUAGUCUCAUGUGCUGGAAUUCCUGGAAAACCCAAGUCAGGUGUUCAUACGAUCACCAGACCAUCUUUGACCAGCCAGUUAAAAGUGUAUUGCGACUUUACAUCCGAGCCGGACUAUGUCUGGACGCUCGUGGAAUCUUUUGAGUAUUCGAAGAAAAUGAACUAUUUUUACUGGAAGUUAUUUGAAGACCACCCUGUCAAUGAAUCAAGUCCAAACUGGGUCAACUAUCGAUUGUCACUUGAAGACAUGACACACAUAAGGACCAACGCAACACACUGGCGUGUUACAUGUAACUUCGAGUCCGCUGACUUUUCUAAUUCUGACUAUGUUCGAGUUGACAUGAAGACACUAGAUCUUCUGCAGCAAAUCUCUACGACAUGCCACCAGCCUGAUUUUCUAAGACUUCAAGGAACAACCUGCACUGGAAAUUGUAAAACCCUUUAUCGACAUGACAAAUAUCAUCCAUACUUUGCUCCUUGCCUUUACAACAACUGCAAAUUUGUUGGUUGCUCCGGUCAUACGUACGAAGCGUUUGGCGCAUAUGAAGUCGUAAAUCGCCUUCAUCACUGCUCGUCAUCUCCAAAAUCCACGACGAACUGGUGGAUUGGAUACAAAUUAAACUAA